AUGACCUCAAAAGCGUCAACCCCCGACUCGGAAAUAAGUGCUCCGGACGAGAACUGUUACCGGUUGGUGGUCCUUGGGUCGCCGAAAGUUGGAAAGACGGCGAUCGUCAGUCGUUUCCUGACUGGAAAGUUCGACGACAGUUACACCCCAACCAUCGAGGACUUUCACAGAAAGAUCUACAAGAUCAAAGGGCAGGUCUACCAACUCGAUAUCCUUGAUACGUCGGGCAACAACCCAUUUCCCGCCAUUCACAAGCUAUCGAUACUAACAGGAAUCAAGCAUUUUCACAAGAUUAUAGAAGGAAUAAGCGAACUAAUAUCAACUUUCAUUUUGUAUCAUUUUUGUAUUUCAGGUGACGUCUUCAUCAUUGUAUACAGCAUUGACGACAGAAACAGCUUUCAAGAAGCCAUUCGCCUUCGGGAACAGAUACAAUCAACCAAGAACACUGCCAACGGCACAAAAUGCACCCCAAUGGUUAUUGCAGGGAACAAAUGCGACAAGGACAACAACCGGCAGGUUCCUCUGGAUGAAGCCAAAGCAGCCUUUGACCAGACCAGAAGGUGUGUCUUUCUGGAAACCUCCGCAAAGAAGUUCUAUAAUGUUGACGUCCUCUUCAGGUGUCUUUUUGAAAAUGCUCGCUUGCCAAGCGAGAUGAGCCCAUCGCUGCAUCGGAAAGUGAGUGCAAGUCACGGACCGACGUCUCUUAGGCCGAGUCAUAAUGGAAAGUUAGCCCUGAGGAGACGGUUGAGCGAGGCCUGUGGGAUGGUCACUCCCAAUGCGAGAAGACCCAGUGUCCGCAGUGAUCUUCUGCAGCUCCGGCUAAAGACCAUAAGGGGAAGUAGUAUGGACGAAGUCGACGACGAUGAAAGCGAGAGGGGUAGUAUCCAUAGAAAGCUAAGAAAAGCUAUGUGCUGUAUUCAGUAGUGAUGUCAGUAUUGAAGGGCAAAGUCAAACUGAUAAAGGACAGGGAAUCCGAGUUGGACGGACGCCUUAGCAUUCCUUCGGCAAUGCCACAGCUAAGUAAUCAAGAAUCACAUUUUGAAGAAAACAAACAAAUCUUUUCGUCAUGUUCGUGUAAAGUCUGCAACAGGUGAUUGAGCCAAGACUAGGUUGGAUUGGACCAAACUACUACCAUGAGUAGAAAUUUAGAUAUUAGGCGUUUCAAUUGAGAUUGGAAAUGGACCUGGAUGGUAUGAUAUGGUAUAUUCGCCAAAGAAUGAGGAAGCCAAACGAACGUUUGAUCAGAGAAUGUCUGAUCAAACUGGAUGAAAUGUAUAGCUUAGCCAUUAUGGUUAUUCGACCGUGAAACCAAAAUGCGAAUUUGUCUACGAGUUUUUUGGAUAUAGGGGAAGGCAAAGGACCCGCUAUUCAAUCAAGAACUUGAUUUUAACUGUUUGAAAAUUUUCACAAGUGGAAAUCACACCAAGUUCUAUUUUUGUCCAUACUUUUAGUGGCGCCAUUCUGUAAAUUCAACACUGUGUAAGAGACGGUCUUGAUACUUGUCUGGUUUAAAUCUGUCCGCCUAACGUCAGUGGAGUGUUGCUAUUCCGUUCACCUUGUGUUUGUAAAAAUACACCAUUAACAAGUUUCAGGUGACAAUAAAAAUUCAUCGUGUACCAGAAUCCGUUUUCAUAUACUCAACACGAUUAAUUGAAUAUUGUUUUCUUUCAGUUCUGACUACUUUUAAAUCAAACAUGCCACUGUUGUUUUCGCAAGAAGCCACACAAAUAAGAGUAAUUCGCUUUUAAAAACCUUCAACAUCCACGUGAUUUAUGUAUUAACGAGAGUAUCACGCAACGACAAGAGUGACCAGGGACAUUUUUGAGAAAAGAAUAUACCGACAAUAAAUAUUGUUCUGAGAACAAAGAUCUAUUUUGAUAGCCUGGAGAAGAUCAUCGCUCGACACUGUCUCAUUACCGGUAGCCAAGGACAACAUGAAAAAACAGUUUGCCUCUUUUUCCGCAUUUACAAAGAUUCGGAGGGCGAUCGUCGAGAUCUCAAUUGUCUAACACUUUAAAAUACUUAACUCAUCUUUGUAUAAACUUAGUCUCUUAGACUUCUUCGCGUAAAACAGAAUAUGAUGUUGUAAAUUUGAAAGUGCACUUCGAGAAAUAUGAUGUAAAUAAUCCCGGAUAACGUCAACGUGAAAAUUGAUCUAGACUCAUAACGCUAACGAAUUGAAGCUAUCAGUGUGCAUGAGAUUUGCCAAAUAGUAUUGGUGGGGGAAAGAUAAACUAUGUACGUACAUCUUGAUUUAGUUAACGUGUACGAACUUCAAAGUCAUGCCUUGUGGGGCUACUUGGUAAGUGUCGCUUUGGUCGCGUUAAGCCACAAUUGGUAUGGGACUACAUUAACUACACGGCAGGCUUCAACAGGCAUUAAUUGCUACAUACGGCCACUGACGCCUCCGACGCCGGGUCUGAAGUCGCCUUCACGAAUACAAUUUGGAUGAUGGUACAUGUAUACGCCGAAAGUGGACUGACGCCGCCUCGACAUCACUAUCCCCCUGUUUACACAAAGCCGCCGUCACGUCGCCUAUUCGCGUGACGCGGGUCUCCUGACGAUUCAUGUUAACAGUUUACAUUGUUCGUCAGCUAUAACUAAUGUUCGCUAUUUCUAGUUCAGUGGUCAAUCCAACCUGAGUCCACUUGGAGGACAUACCAAUUUGCUGGAAUGAAGCCGGCAUCGUCGCCGGCCGGCUUCAGUCCGGCAAUUUGACGCCGCCUUCAAACCACAUCCAAAGUUGGACUCAGUCCUAGACAGCGUCAAUCCGGCCUUCGAAAGACACAAGUCAAGCCACCUCCUACGCUGACUUCAGUCCACUUUCAGAGUAUAAUUGUGUAACACCACCAUAAUAUGGACUUCCAUGGCUGUAAGUCAUAGGUUUAAGUCUUCAACAUUUAGUGACAAACGACUCCUGAUCCUUUACGACGUUUGCUAAAGAUUGAUGAAAAAAGAAUUAAAUCGCCGUUGGUUGGUUUCAAAUAGAGUAAAGAUCACAGUGCGAAACGUUGAAAAUUUCAUUAAAAUCUGAUAGCAAAUAACGAAGUUAUUGCAUUUUAAAGUUCAAUUCAAUUUUCAAAUUCAAUUUAUUUACCAUGCAUCUUUAAAAAUUAGCAUGCAUAACAAUAUUACAUGUAGUAAUUUAAAAAUGGAGGGAUACCCUUAAUAAGCAAAGUGCUUGUAAUUAAGCAAUAUUUUGUGUAAACAAUUAAAUGCACGCCGUCAUGAAUAUUCAUUAGAUGGGCUGAUGAUGU